ACCGCCGCUUGAGUCUGUGUGGUGUGUUGAGAGUUGUGGCUUGUGAACCACAGUUCUUCUGCCAUCUAACGUGAAGAGAAAAUCUACCGCUAUUCGAAUUUCGAGAUCUGUAGCCAUGCCUCCAGUUGAAAUUCAGUGGUGUGAUCACUCAACUGUCUUGUUGGAGUAUUUGCGACAGUUGUAUGAUGAUGGUCGUUUUGUAGAUGUUGGACUUGAAUGUGAAGGCCGGCAGGUGAAAGCUCAUAAAGCUGUCAUAUCGGCCUGCUCUCCAUAUUUGGAGGGGCUUCUGAAGGGGAACCCUGCCCGCAGCCACCUCAUCAAAUUCAACGGCUACUCGUACAACAGUCUCAGGGCUGUGAUAGACUUCAUGUAUAAUGGGAAAGUUUUGGUGGAACAGGAUCAUUUGGCAGCAUUCCUCAAACUUGGUCGAGCUCUGCAGGUCCGCGGCAUCCUCGAUAUUGCUGCUCAGUGCGAGGAAGCUGGGCUCACCACUGCAGAGGAAACUAAAUCAAAUGCACAGUACAGCACUACCGUGCAGUCUCAAAAACAGCAACAACAGCAGCAGCAACAACAACAGCAGCAACAACAGCAGGCUUCCGCAGGAGCGUUGAAGACGCAACAGUCCGCAGCCGAGACAAAGAAAUAUGCCUUCAUGCUGGACAAGGCCAAGAAACAGCCUCAGCAAGUUGUCAGAAAACAAGAUCAAACUAAGCAACAGCAAGUGCAGCAGCAACAGCAGCAACAACAGGUGCUACAACAGCAACAGAUACAAGAACAACAAAUCCAACAGCAACAACAGCAGGCAUCUCAGCUUUCAGCAGCUGAUGGCAUGCAAGAGGAGGAUUCAAACACCAUAGCAGAGCUGCAGGCAGCACUGGCAUCUGGCCAGGCCUUGCUGCAUGCUGAUGGCUCAGGAGGGGGCGAUACGCUGCAGAUGAUGGGGGGCCAGUGUGUGGUGACGGGGUCUGGCCAAACCUACGUUGUGGUGCAGGAGGGAGAAAAUAUCAGCUUUGUUCCUGCCGAGAUGGUGCAGGGAGAUCUACAGGCUGCGGUAAAUGGUGCACAAGGUGAAGUAGAGGCUGGUGAUGGAAGCGGUGGAGUUGUAACUGGCGAGUCAUGUGCGGGUGAAGGUUCCCAGGAGGAGCUGGUGAGCUCGAGUGAGUUACAGCAGACGGAUGCUGCUGCAGAAGACGAGGGCGAGUCGGCGCAUGGUGGGGGGGAUGCGGGCACCUUGGAGACCAUGAGCGUCGUUGAGAGCCUCGUCAAGCUCGGGGAAAAACCAGAUGAUGCCGAUGGCUGUGCUGAUGCUUCCGAGCUGAAUGCUCACUCGAUGCCGUUGAUAGACAGCGACCUGAUGGACGUCACAAAUGAGGAUGGCGCUGACAUGCCCGAUCUCGGAGUGAACGCUUCCAAAGACGAUGACGAAGGUGACGAAGACACGUGUGAUGACGUCAUGGAUGGUAAAGAUGACGACACGGCUGGCCAAAAAUCAGGUGCCGCCGCCACGGCUUCCCCUUCUUCCAAGCGCCGUAAUUCCAGGGAGUGGUCGCCUGCAGGAGUAAACAAGAAGGCCAAAGUGUAGAUCAUCGCUGCCGCGCGCUGAUGGAGGCUUGGAACGUCGGAACUGCACUACGUUACGAAUUGAGUAUGAUUGCCGACGAGAACAUCACUCCGGUCAGGAAUUUAAUAGGUGCAAAAUAUGGACGGUUAUUUUUUUCGUAUAAUUUGUGUAGAAUGAAGCUUUGUACACCGCUUAGAUGAGAAGUCUUCUAGUUGAGAGAGCAACGUGAACACGGGCAGUAACUUCUAUGAAUUGAUUGAAUUUGGAAUGCACAGUGUUUUCUAUCUACAAUUAAUUCUAUCACACCGGGGGUAACGAAAUUAUGAGUUUUAGAACCAGCAAGCGUCGUGGGUUAGAUUGCUCGCUUCGUUGCAUAGAUGUUUAUAUUAUAUUUUUAUUUUUAUUAGUUGACUUGAUCAAGCGCACGAAUUGACUGCCCAAUUCACAAUUGAUAUCUACAAAUUCUAUUUGUAAAGCUAAGUCUUGUAAUGGACGAAAUGUUUCGACUUUAAGACAGAUGUCGUCAUUAUCAGCAAUCAACUUAAUCAUUAGUAGAAGUUGUUGUAACAAUUUGUUUGACUUACAAUUUUUUGACCAUAAUAUUGCGUGCCAGCACGCCUCCGUGGCACUGAAACUUUCCCAAUACCUCAAACGAAGGUAUUUUAAGGCACCUUAAAAUGUCUCUCAGCCAAUUUCUGCAAAUAUAUUACAGCGGAAAUUGCGAAAUUAAACCAUUUUAGGGUGACUCUCCGAAAUCCGAACGUCACGUUAAAAGAGUAGUUGACGGGUUGCAGCAGUCCACCAUGUCGGCAGGGAGAAGGCAGAUCUGUUCAGUGUAAUGAGGCGAUACUUGACGUCUUCUGUUAUUCGAUGUAGUGAAGUAUAGCGUCGCUAAUGGAAUACUUAACGAUUCAUUACAAGACGAUUGAUCUCUUAUUUUGCAUGAGAGCAAAAUAUCGAACGGAUAAGUUGAACAAUAAAUUCCAAUGUCUUCUGUUGUUACUGCUCGGAAGGCUAAAUUUUGUAUUUCUUUUUUGUCGUAAGUUUAAAGAAGAAAUUCAAUAUUGAUUUAAUCACCCAUAAUACGAUUUUGAAUGUACAAGGUAUUGAAAUAAUCAAAUUAUAAAUUUUAUGGAUUAAGACUUUACUUAGUACUUUAAAACGAAAUUCGGAUUAGACUUAGACUGAUUGUUAUAAUCAGUGGAAUUUUUGUUCCGUGUCCACAACUAAUGUGACGUUCAAUUCCAAUUGUUCAAUGUUGAGGCGUUGAUAAAUCUGUUGUUUCAAGUCGCAGGUAACUGACGGCGGCUCAUAGCGCCCUGCGGUGUCCUUGAGACAAAUAUUUCAAGAUAUACAUAAUCUGAAGUUGUCAAGCGAAAUUCAGGAACCAUUAGACGAAUGUUAAUUGAAUAUUGAGAGCUAAAUUGUCUUCUUAUGUAUCAAUUGUAAGGCUUUCUAUUCCAUAAACAAUAUAGCAAUGAAAGUUCAAUUGAUGUUCGGUGUUAGCAUUAAGUUGUGUGACAUUUUGAAACGAGUCUGUAAGCUGACAAAUGUCGUCUGCGUAGUUGUAGCUGGUACGACGUUUCUUAGUUACUUGUUUUAAGUUUCCCAUUUCUGAGUGAUGUUAGACCUGACAUUAAAGUGAACUAAUUGGU